AUGAGCUCGAUAUUCGUUCUGCUGGCUGUCGCCAUACUCAGUUUUCUGAUUGGUAGGUUCCCCCUCCUUUGAAUCUGGGCUUCUUUCUCCGAUAGUUUCUCACACACACAUAUAUUCCGUCAUCAGAGAUGGUUCUCUACUGAAAUCAUCGAAUAAUGGAAAGCUGUCGUUGGUCAAGAACGCGUAGGACAUCUCGCCCUUCAUGAGAUAGUAGUUGAGCGUUCAUACGGCUUUCUCCAUGCUUCUGUAUUCCUAAUCUUUAGGUUUCUCCUGGUUGGAGACUUCCAUAGGAACCAGGUUUUCAUUCUAAAGUUUUUGACCUUUCUCAGUCUUCGGAUUUGGUUUGUCUUUUUCCGAAUUUGGUUCCGAUUUAGAGGUCUUUUUCAUUCAGUGGUGUCAGGGGGGAUAUUUGAAGUCAAGAUUGCUUUUUUAUACUUUAAAAAAAAACAAGGCCCUUUCAAAUCUAACCCGGAAAGUUUUCCAAGGCUUUUUACUUUUAUCCCGCCUUUUUUUUUCUUUCCUCAGGCUUCUGAUUGGUAGGUCUUCGAAUUUUUAAGAACUUGAACUCUUCUACUAUUAAGACGAGGUCGAUGAGAACACUUCAUUCUUCUUUGGAGCCUAGAAUAAGUUAAUUUCAUACCAUUCUUCUAGGUGGAAUUUUGGUUCCUACCAAUAUUUUGAACUUUUCUUCUUUUUUUAUUUUCAUCAGUGGAUUUUAAUCUCGUUUUUGUGUUUACGCGUGUUCCUAGAGGCUUUCCGGGAAUUUCCUAGGAGGUUUUCUAUUUUUUGGUUAAUGUUCGAUGUCUUACUUGUUAGAAGUUUAUUUAAUCAAUCAUUUUGAAGUGUUUAGAUUGAUUUUCAUCUCUUAUUGGUCUGUUGAUUUGAGUUUGUUAGAUUGAUUUGAAUUCUCUAUGAACUUAGGUCGAACAAUUUUUUUAAAACUCACCAGAAGUUCAUUCGAUUAUCAUUUCAUCAGACCCUUCCGUACAGAAAAGUUUCAUUUUUGAACGGAAACUUCUAAAAGACGAGACAAAAACAUCACGUUAGGUUUAUCCUUGGUAAAUUGCGGAAAAUUGGCUGAAAAACUUCUGGAUGUACCACAUAAAGAUUGUUUCUGCCAAACGUUCUUGUUUUCCAGCAAGAACGUCUCGAAACUGUAGCCAAUUUCGAGGCGUCGGUUCUCGGGAAUGCGGAAAUUGUGUAUGUUGCUUCAGGAUCCUCUUCUGGUAGAAGGAUUCCGAGUUUCAAGCUCAAAAAAGAACUUCCUAAUACGAUAUUUUGGUUCUGAUUUUGAAAUCUUUCCCUUUUUUUCAAAGAUUUUAAGAACCUAUUUUAGACUCUAGUUUUGAAGAAUCGGGGCUUUUCGGCUUCCUAAACUAAGGAACGCUUAUUUAUAGCUGAUUCACGGCUGGCUUGAGCUAUCGAAAAAAAUGGUCCUGACACGAAAAUGCACGAGAGAGCGCCUGGCUCGUGGAGAGCGCAGACAUGCCACGUCCCUUUAGUGUCCAAGUUGGCCGUGAAUCAGCUAUAAAAAUCAUAUUUUUCUGAAAAAAAUUUUUGCAGAGUUUGGAUUUUUUGUAUUGUUGUUCAAAGAAGAAUGAAAGUUCCAGCUUCAAUUUGGGGUCGAAAAAAAAUGAUAAAAUGUCAUUUGAAAGUUUUUUCCGCUACAUAACACACUGGAGAGAAGCCCGAAAAUGUUCUCCAAUAAGAAAAACAUUUUUCUGACCAAAAAAAAGCUUGAAAGAGUUUAUAGCCUAUUCAGCGCCAGCUUGUCCCGUUUUUCUUUCCGCCAAAAAGACCGUAUACUAAAUUAGAUCAAAUUUCUGCUUUUAAAACGGCAAGAAACACAGGUCUUGAAGCGAAAGUUGGUUAAAUUUAACCUGGCAUUUAGGCGGAAAUAAAACGUGACAAGCUAGAAUGGCCUAUACUAUCUUUAUAGGUCUGUAAGUCCAAAAAAAAAGGAAAAUUUUUCCAGAGCCAUGCCAAACGGCGGUCAACGCUUCCAAGGCGGAAAGCGCGAUGAAGGACGCCUUGAGUUUGGCUGAGAUCAAAAAGUCGCCGUAUUACAAAGAGAACACGUUGGAUAUUCCGAUCUCCACGGAAGCCGGCGAGGAACUCUUCGAGCACUGGACCAACCAGGCGUUCGCCGGCUUGAUUUCGGCCAUCGCCACUAGAAAGUGAUCAUUUUUGGGAUAAAAAUAAUGGAAAGGAAUAUUUGAAGAAUGAAAACCAUGGAGAGCUAUGACAAGGAUGCCCAUGAGAAAUGUUCCAAAGAGGCCAAGGAGAUCGAAAAACACGCCCAAUGUCUGAUGAAGCUGCUGGAAGCCGACCGGAAGGCCAAAUGGCUCAAAAGGAGGAAAGGUUUGGGAUUUUUUUUUUGAUUUGGAAUGUAGUAAGUUGCUUCGAAACGACUUGUUACCUUUGUCAAAAGAUUGAGCGCGAAAAAAACCGUUCAGGGCUCGCGAGGAACAAAAGUAGUCGUUCUUCUUAAGGGAUUACUAGAGUGAUCACUUGAUUUUCCCUCUAGUGAUUGCUUAAAAUUGGCCAAAUUUUCAUUUUUUACUCCCAGAAAAGACCAUCAUACUGCUUAAAUUUGAAAAAAGCUCCGACUUUUCUAGGGCAGAACAAAAAAAAAGAACUCCACAGUGGUCCCUAUAGGGGCAACUUUAGCGGACCUGGGAGGGUCCCCUCUAGGGAUCACUUUAUCAACCCCUAUAGGAUGACUUUUAUGAACUCUAUUCUAAGAAGCAUUUUUUAAAUAAAUUUCGAAGACCCCUCUAAGGACUACUUAAGCUUUAGGGGCUUAGGAAUCAUUCCUUAAACCCCUACAGUGACCACCUUCAUUUCACCCCUAUUGAGACUAAUUUUUCGGCCUCCAUAGGAGCUUUUCUCUUCCUAACUCCUAUAGGUAUCACUCUAAAAUUCCUGAGAAGCAGUCGCUCCUUUCUAGUGAUCACUAGAGGGGUCACUCGGGUCUAGCAUCUCUCACUAUAGUGAUUACUAAAAAUGGACCAGUUUUUCAGAUUUUUAUUUACAAAAAAAUCUUCAACCUGCUCAUUCAAGUUGAAAAUAUAACUUUAUUAAGGAUACUUUUUCUUAGUCGUAGCAGUACAAGUUGUAAAACGAAAUUGAGAAUAUUAGAUAUUUCGUUUCGUGGUUAUUUCACCUCUUAAGUGGUCGCUUCGUUGAUCCCUUAAGAAAACACUUAAAGCCUGUAAAAAUGAAUGGUUUCCAGAUUUUCCUCCGUGGAAAAUUUUUUGAGUCUAUGGUAAUCUUGAGAAGUUCCAGAAGGGGAUACAGAUGAAAAUUUUAGAUUUCAAAGUUCAGACAAAAAAAGGAAAACAUCGAGGAGAAGGUCUUCAAAAAAAGAUCCCACGUCUUCUACUUCAUCCGCCUCGGGCUCUUCUGAAGAUUGGGUCGGAGCCUUCCGGAUGAGCCGAGCGAAACGAUCGAUUAAAGUCAAGAAUAUGGACAGUUACAAUUUGAAAGGGGACAUGGAUAGGUAACUUCAAAAUUGAUUUAUUGAUUGAUGAUGGAUUUUUGAGAUCUCCACUCGGGAUCAUCGCCAAGCACAUCGCCAAGACGGUCCGGAUCUUGAAGAACAAGGGAGAGGCGACGGAGAGGUGAGAGGGAAUAGAGAGAAAAAGGAGGGUGACAGGGAAAAUUUCAUUAACUGGCUUUUUAAAUGGACACUAUAGGGGCUGGUAAAGUGGUUCCUAAAGGGGUCGCUCCAAGGGCCCCUUGCCUCUAUAGGGACCACUCUGGAGUUCUCAAGCAGUUGGUUUUCUAUUUCCAUCUUGAGCAUUUGAGGGAUCACUUAAGGGGUCCCAGAGACUUUUAUAGAUCCCUUGGAAAAUACUCAGCGCUUCGGUGGGAAAACUUGUUUUUACAGCCAAAGUUGGUUUUUUUUUAAAGUCAGCGAAGUUCGAUCAGGUUAAGAAAACAAUAAUAACGAAUCCUCCGUUAAAGGGGCUCACUAAAGGGAUUGCUAAAUGGCUUAGAAUCGUCUACAAGUAACCUAGAAAAGUGUUGAGAACUGACUGAACUGAGAAAAAGUAUUCAGAUGGCAAUCGACGGUUGAACGGAUCAAGGUGAAAUCCCAGGAGCUGAAACAGAAGAAAAAGGCGCACGAGGCCAUGAAAAAACGGAUGGAAGUCUUCGCUCACGCCGCCAAAAGACUCAAUUCUACUGGCGUCGAAUUUGAAGCGCCGAAGGAAAGGCGUCGGAGCAGACCCUUGGCCAUGAAGGUUUGGAUUUUGUUCAGGGAGUGUAGUUUGA